GGCUGCCUGCCACUUCCAAGAGAUGCAAAUGAUUAUGAAAACGAUAACAUUGUACACGGCUUAUCACGCACUCGAUUGGCCAACCCCAGCCGCAGAUAUAUGGGGAGUGCGAAUUGCAUUUACGUUAUUUUUAUUGGAAGGGAAUCAAGAUGCGCGUUUUGACAAUUUUGUUCUUUUUGAGCGCUGCGUUUUUUGCAAACGCGGCUGUCAAUCCCGCCAGCGAACUGGAUUGGAAUUCGCUUGGCGAAAUUUUGAACAUUGAUGGAGCUAAGUUGGAAAAGCUGCAGAUGAUGCAGAAACAUUUUGCAGAUUCGAGGGCGAGCGAUCUUCCUGACGUGGGUUUGCCGACACCUGACAUGAUCAAACGCCAGGGCUACCCUGCCGAGAUCCAUUACGUCACCACUGAGGAUGGAUAUAUUUUGCAAAUGCACCGAAUCCCCAACCCGGGAAAGCCAGUCAUUUUCCUGCAGCACGGUCUUUUAUGCAGUUCGGCCGAUUGGGUCAUGAUGGGACCUGAUUUGGGGCUUGCCUAUCUGCUUUUCCACCGAGGCUAUGACAUCUGGAUGGGCAACUGUCGUGGAAAUACUUAUUCCAGAAACCACACCACCCUGAAUCCGGACACAGAUUCGGAAUUCUGGAAUUUCUCUUGGCACGAAAUGGGUCACUUCGACAUCACGGCCGAAAUUGACUAUGUGCUUGGCCAGACGGGCGAAACGCAGCUGGUCUAUAUGGGACACUCUAUGGGCACGACGCAGUUCUUUGUCAUGGUCUCCGAGAGGCCCGAGUACAACGCUAAAAUCAGGCAGAUGCACGCUCUCGCACCUGUAGCUUUCAUGGGCGGAGUGCGCAGUCCCCUUGCUCUGCUCGCACCUUUUGUCGAUCAACUCGAGUGGGUUUUGAACAUGUUUGGCGUCGAUGAGUUUUUCCCCAGCACCGAAUUUCUGGAAUUUAUCGGAGCGAGUUUGUGCCGCGAUGGAGCUUUUACUCAGGCCAUCUGCAGUAACGUCCUCUUCUUGCUCUGCGGUUUUGACUCAAAGCAGCUGAACGAGACUACCAUGCCAAUAAUUAUCAGCCACACGCCUGCCGGCGCCUCCUCCAAGACUGUUCUGCACUACACUCAGGAAAUUAAUUCUGAUAAAUUCAGGCAGUAUGACUAUGGCUAUUUUGACAACAUGGACCAUUACGGCCAGCACGCGCCCCCGCAGUACGACUUGUCGAAAAUCACGGCGAAUAUUUAUUUGCACUACAGUGAGAACGAUUGGAUGUCACAUCCCAAUGACGUGACUCAACUGUAUAAUCAGUUGGCAAGCUGCCAGGGAAAGUUCAGGGUGCCACUGCCUGAAUUCAACCACCUUGACUUCCUUUGGGCCAUUGAUGUUAAAACGCUCCUGUACAACACAAUUUUCUCACUAUUGAACAGAAUAACCAGUUCUAGACGCACCUUGGUCUUGACCUCUUGGCCUAUAUUUUUAAAAACGCUGCGAUCCUUACUAAAUUCCAUGUCAGCAAAAUUAACGCGCACAAAAGCUGACGUGAAGAAAGACAAUCUUGCAAAAAAAUCAAAGUGCUUGAUGGCGCCGCUUACAAGUGUAGUAAUUUGUCUGCUGGUCAGCUUUUUGUCGCCAGUGACCUUUGGCCUCAGUGUCAUGGAUCGCAAGCACCGACAGAUAUUAGCGGCAUUCAAUAUUUCUCAAAACAGAACCACCGGACAAACGCCAGUAGUUAAUUUUCUUCCUGACUCUAAUCCCCGAAAAAAACCUGGCGUGAAACAAAAUAAGCGCUACCCCGGCCGCCGUCGAUGUGGCCCAGACACCCCAAACGAGCUCCAAACUACAGUGGACCUGCCAUUGCCCCUGAAAUCAAUAAGAAUCUCGGGCGACAUGAUUUUUCUAGAUGAUGUCUGUUAUUAUGACAUUGACAUGGAUUUGACUACGCCGCAAAUGAUACGAAGGAGAGGCUACCCUGCUGAAUCUCACUCAGUGAAAACCGAGGACGGUUAUAUUUUGGGUUUGCAUAGAAUUCCCAAUCCGGGAAAGCCCCCGAUUUUACUGCAACACGGAAUUGUAUCCAGUUCAGCAGUAUGGGUUUUAACAGGGCCUGAAAAAAGUUUGGCCUACAUAUUGUGGAGGGAAGGCUAUGACGUUUGGAUGGGAAAUUACAGGGGCACCGAAUACUCAAGAGCACACAUAUCAAUUACAUCUUCCGACGAAAAAUUUUGGGAUUUCAGCUGUCAUGAACUUGGAAUAUAUGAUCUCCCAGCCUUCAUUGAUUACAUCUUAAAGUGGACCUUUAGCACAGAGUUGGACUACAUUGGUCACUCAUUGGGGACAACAGGGUUUUUUAUAAUGACCGCCGAGCGCCCAGAAUACAAUAAUAAAAUUCGACAAAUGCACGCUUUUGCGCCGGUUGCAUUUGUGUGGAAACUGAUGAACCCGCCCCUUCAAGCUCUGCAACUUUUGAGUAAACUGAAUGCAACAGAGGUAGAGCUGAAUACAAAUUUACUAACGACCCUAGGACAAAGGAUGUGUGCUGGAGAUGAAUUUUUUCCGCAGGCACUUUGUUCGUCUUUGCUUUUUCUCUUCAUCGGUUUUGAACCGGGGCACUUUGACAAAAAACUGAUUCCCUUGAUAGUGGCUCACACUCAGUCCGGCACUCCUAUGAAAAUUUUGCGUCACUAUGGACAAAUUUACACUUCAGGCAAAUUUGCACAAUACAAUUAUGGAAUACGGGAGAAUAUGGAAAGAUACAAAUCCCCAUUUCCACCGAAUUAUGAUUUAAGAAAAAUAACAGCCCCUACAUAUUUGUAUUACGGUAAUAAUGACCGGAUUGUGCCAAUCGCAGACGUAAUAAAAUUGAGCAAUUUGCUGCCCAAUGAUUAUUUGUACAAAGUGCCUGACGCCAAAUUCAACCAUCUUGACUUUCUCUGGUCUGACGACGUGCAGGAGCUACUGUACGACAGGCUUUUGGACAAUCUCAGUCAUCGACCAAAGAGGCACCGCCGUUUGAACCGACGACGUACCCUCAAGGAUAUCUAUGUGAAUUAUUCCAAUUAGCGAUAAGCGUUGACACA